AUGCCGCGAAGAAGACACCGCAGCCCCUCGAUUGGACCCGCCCUCUCCGACGAGAACCUGACCGACUUUCUUCCCCGCGAGCCAGGCGGCGCUUAUCAUCACCGGCCUGGAACCGACAGCGACAGUGAUGCCAGCGGCGGCGAUAGCAAUGCUAGCGAAGACCACGGUCGCUCCGACUCCCUGGACCAUGAGCUCGAUCGAUCAUCUUUCCGACAGGAAAAUCGACCUCGCCGCACCGACUACCCCAAACCCACCACAAACAACCAGACGAGCUAUACCGUGAUCUACCAUGUGGACUGCUCACGAAAAGGGGUCCAUAAGAAACACCGGAAGGCUGCUGCGUACAACGACCAUCCAAGACUGUUCAAGGGGGAUAGCAAGUUUAGCGCAUUGAGGGGAAAGCAGCACAUCGACGACCUUUCCAAUUUCCUCGAUUGGAAUCGAGACCUCAAUUUCGUGGUGAACAAACGGUUCCACUGUGAUGAGUACCACGAAGAAAUGGCACCCCUUUUCGACCCUUUGCCCAAGCCGCAGAACCCCCGAGUGCCCGAGGCUAUUGAGCCCUACUUCUUCAGUCUCCGGCGCCAUGGGGAUUGGGCCAUACCCUCCGCCGAGACAAUCACGGUGCUUUCAGAGCCGCUCAAGUCUGCGAUUGUUACGGCGACGGGGAUGAAGUACGAUCAUGUUUCCAAGCUUGAGAGUCCGAGAAACAUGAACAUGCUACAGCACCUCUUGUACCACUACAAGCGACGGAAAGAAGAAGGCGCUAUUCGUCUCGCGCCAGCCGAUCACCGUCUCCUGGAGGGCUUGCUGCACUACAUGAAAGGGUCCAAUGGCCCGGACUACGAAGCAGCCGAUGAAAUGUUUUCCCAGGGGCUGAUCAGUAAAGCACACCUCGCUAAGCUGUGCGGAGCCGGAGAAAUCAUGGUGACCAACGUCAAUACACACCCGCGGGCAUAUAUGAUUGAACGUCCACCGAAGAGUCAAGCGCCGCCGUUGAAACUCGAAAUGUGGUCGUGGGAGUUUGAAGAUGGCGUGUUCCGCCAGAAGGAGACCGAGAUGUCCCUUGACUGGCCGUCCUCGGUCACAACGGAUGAGACAAUUCCGAUUACUAGCCUGGAUAUUUACCCACUGAGGUUCGCAGCGCCUGAAGUGUGGAAACGGCUGAAAGCAAGGGGGAAGCUUUUCUGGCGCUGUCGAAAGCAGUGCUUUGUAGCAUAUGACCCUCCAAAUGGCCUGUUAGGGAUCCAAAUGACUACCCCGAGAUACAUGAUUGACGUAAAGACCUAUCGCACAAUGCACCCAGAGCCAGACCCUAUAUCUUCAGGCCGGGAACUAGAACCGGACUUGAUGGAUAACCCAGAACCACCCGAAUCGCCCUUUGUGCUCUUAUUGCCCCAUGAAAUCAAAGGCUUCGCGUUCAAUGAUAAGAAGUGGAGAACGCUCCUAGUCGAACGGAUCAUGGACAUCAACUGGAACGAAGAGGCAUUUGACCGGCUGGUCAUGCAGCACCACAAGAAAGAGCUGAUCAAAGCUCUUGUCACCGUCCAUUCUACGUCUGCGAAGUCGACCGACAUUAUUGAAGGAAAGGGAAAUGCGUUGAUCAUCCUCCUCCACGGCGGGCCAGGGACAGGGAAAACCCUGACGGCCGAGUCUGUGGCCGAAUUGACCAGGAAGCCUCUAUACCGCGUCACAUGCGGAGAUAUUGGGACAAAUGCGGAGGAGGUGGAAAAGUAUCUAGAGUCAGUUCUGCUGCUGGGCACCAUUUGGGGCUGUGUCGUCCUCCUCGACGAAGCAGAUGUCUUCCUCGAGGAACGCCGCGAGACCGAUCUGCAGCGGAAUGCCUUGGUUUCGGUCUUCUUGCGCGUGCUGGAGUAUUACCAUGGCAUUCUCAUCCUCACGUCAAACCGCAUUGGAACGUUUGACAGCGCCUUCAAGUCGCGGUUCCAGCUGGCAAUCCAUUACCCGGCCCUGGAUGUUAAAGGCUGGUAUGAGAUCUGGCUCAACUUCAUCAAUGGACUCAGCAAGACCCUUCCCGACGUCAACAUCGACGGUCUGAAGGACAAGAUUGACGAUCUGUCGCAGAUCCCCUUGAACGGCCGGCAGAUUCGCAAUACCGUGCAGACAGCCUUGCAGCUCGCCGACUUUCGCAAGGAAACGCUGGAAUAUCGCCAUUUCGACCGGGUAAUCAAAGUUGUCGAGGAGUUUGAGAAGCAUCUCGACAGCACCCGGGGAUAUUCCGAAUCGGAUUGGCUGCACAACCAGGGAAUCCGACCGGAGCCGUAG